AUGACUCCUCAGCAGCAGGACCUGAUUGGUUUGGUCUUGUUUGGAACUGCCAAAUGCAAUCCCAAAGAUAAACUGAAAAAUAUUUCACGUCCUCUGGAUCUUGCCCACCCAAAUGUGGAAUAUGUAAAGCAGAUUGAUUUGAUUAUGAGUGAUACAAAUGCUGCAUCACUACAGCGAACUUACAGUUCAUCAGAGCAGUGCUCACUUGCAGAUGCUCUUUGGUAUUGCAGCUCGUUGUUUUCUCAAAGUGGAAGUAACUUUGAAGAAAAAAGAACCCUGUUAUUUACGGAUGACAGUGAUCCUCACUCUACAGAUACCGAUCAAGCACACAAGGCACGAAAGAGAGCCAAAGAUUUGAAUCAACUGAACAUUUCACUUGAGUUGCUCCCAAUGGGGACCAAUUUUGAUUACUCAACAUUUUAUAAGGAGCUUGUGGAGAUUGUGAAUGGCUUCUCUGACACAGAAGUUGAUGCCACAUCGAAGCUGGAAGAACUCCUUGUACGAGUUAAGAGGUUGGACUUCAGAACUAGAUGCCAUGCCAAGUUGAAGUGGAAUUUGGGAAUGGGAGUUUCUCUAGGAGUCUCUCUGUACACGUUUUAUAGAGAGGCCAGUAUACUACCUAAGGAGCCUUUGUAUCGAGCUACGAAUGAGCCGGUUAGAAGUGUGAAACAAACUCAUGAUCAGGCGACUGGACAGCUAUUGUUGCCCUCCGAUGUUGUGAACUAUGUAACCGUAGCGGGAAAGGACAUUGUCUUUGCCAGUGAAGAAAAAGAAAUGAUGUAUAAGUUGGAAGAGCCUGAACUAACUUUGUUGGGUUUUGAGCCACUUACCUCUGCCAAGGAAGAUUUGCAUUUUGGCCCGUCUUCUUUUGCAUAUGCGGAAGAAACUUUGAUCAAAGGAAGCAAUGACCUUAUGAGUGAUGCAGUGUAUCACCAAACAGAAGGUGGCACUGUACCGCAUGACCUCACGAUACAGAGCCGCCACAAAAUAUGUUGUAUCGCCAAACAGAAGGUGGCACUGUACCGCAUGACCUCACGAUACAGAGCCGCCACAAAAUAUGUGUACCUUUUUCCCCGUGAUGAGACAUUUGACAGUGCUGGAAACAUGCAGACUUCUCUUGGCUUUCAUGUGAUUCCUGUACCAUAUUCCAAUAAUGCCAGAGUACAAAAGUUUGGUGAAAAAUCAUCUGAGGUUACGAGUGAAGUUAUGCUGCUUGCAAAAAAAUUGAUGACCAAAUUGAAAUUCGUUUUUAAACUAAGCGACUCUAAAAAGGAAAAGUUACGACUUUUUUGGGAACAUUUGGAAGCUCUUGCUUUGGGAUACCUAAUUCCAAAUGAUGUUGAAGAUCAAACAUUUCCAGAUAAAGCCGCCCAGACAGAAAGAUUGGGUCCAUUAAACAAAGAGUUCAACAACGCUUGCUCACUGAAUGGGGAAGACACCUCUGUACUCUGGCAUCAUUGUAAUAUGGCACAGGAAUCACAUGAAAGCCAAGAGAAGUCUGCAGGUUUCCAGCACUGUCAAACGUCUCAUCAC